AUGACAUCCAGCAGUGCACAAUUGGACCAUGUUGUCAUUCUCCUUCCACACGAAGAUGUCGUAAACCCGCCUGAAUGGCUCACGAAGCACUUCACCAUCAGCCCGGGUGGACGCCACGCCGAUGGCAAGACGGAGAACAAACUCAUACUCUUGUCCGACGGAAGUUACCUGGAGCUGAUUGCAUUCACCUCAGAAGAUGCUCGAAAGGGCCACUGGUGGGACAAACCCUAUGGAGUCGUCGACUUUGCUCUCACAACCCCAGAUGAGAAGUUCCCCGAGCUGUCCUCCAUCAAAGACAGGUUGGCCAAGACCGACACGGGCAUCUCGUAUCAGGACCCAAAAGCAGGCGGUCGACUCCGCCCCGACGGUGUUGAGUUGCAGUGGCGAGUGACCUUCCCCAUCAAUUGCAACAGGGGAGAAGCGCCAUUCUGGUGUCACGAUGUGACUCCAAGAGAACGUCGAGUUCCAUACACGGACGACAACACCUCUCACCCAUCAGGGGUUCUCGGCCUGGCUGGCGUGGAGCUGAAGACAUCUUCACAUGCACGUCUCAGCACUGCUACCGCUGCCAUAUUGGACAGCAAUCUAGAACAGAAUGGUCAAUAUGGCGUCGGUGUGCCACAGAAAGUACCCACGGCCAAGCAGCCAUCCAUUAGGAUCCAGUCGGCAAAUGGAGAUGGUAAAGAUCUUAGCCUCACGCUGGUCUUACAGACCACCCAAAAACUGCCACCGAUUAUCCAGAAGAUCGGAGGCGGCACUGUCUCGAUUGUGUUUGAGCAGCCAAAUUAG